ACGAUGGCAGUCGGAAUGCUUCACGCUGUCACUGUUUGUAGGCACUGGAUCUUCUUUUACCCAUGCAUCGAUCAAAGGUAGUAUCUUUAUAUGGCCAUCUUACCUCCCCUUCGGCUCCCUAGCCCUCUCGAUUGCUAACCUUCACACUGUCACAUGCUUGGUCGACCGCAAGCCAUCAUGGUGAUAUUGGGUGGACAGCGCUAUCAUGAUAGAUCACGUACUCGGCCGACCCAACACUCGCUUCCGCAAGUACCAAGUCUUCACCGUUGUCUUGUUGUGGUCUCUGUACCUGUACAAGGGUAACCCAGACGGUCCCAGACCACUGCGCCGACUCUCUCAAUACCUCACCAAGCGAUUGACGACAUGGCGCCAGUUCGUCAUCUUCUGUCUAUCCCUCUACGUCGCACGCAACUUCGCUCGCGUUGUCGGCCUUGAGUCUCCAGAGCCACUAGAGAAUCUAUACUCAAGUGCCUACUUCAGGGCAACAUGGAUCACGACGGCAUUGGAUGCAGGCUUCUGGACGGCCAUGCAUCUGCGCCCGAAAUGGUUGAAAGACUUGGCCAGUGUCAUCUUCACCGUGUACUAUUUGUUCUGCGCGGAGCAGGCGGACGAGAUGGUGCGGAGAGUGCGAGGAGCAUUGACGCUUCAGCACUUGCGGGUGAGCUGGAACAAAGCAAAGACGCCGUACCUCUCGGCUGUGACGAGCUUGUUGCGGCCAAAGGAGAUGACGGUGAAGCCGCACCGGCUGCGGAUUCAUAGGCCCGAAGCGAGCAGCUACAAGGAACCGAUUAUGGCUUGGCUGUAUUAUCCAGGUACGUCUGAGCAGCUACAAGAUGAGGAGAAGAUCGUUCUCGACAUACCAGGCGGUGGCUUUGUAGCUAUGGACCCUCGAUGUCAUGACGACAAGCUCAUGGCUUGGGCUGCGAAGCUGCGUCUUCCGGUACUGGCACUGGACUACAAAAAGGCUCCUGACCAAGUAUAUCCGUAUGCACUGAACGAGUGCUACGAUGCAUACUGGCAAAUCAUCGAAUCCAACGGACGCUGUCUCGGCUUGUCUGGCAGCCGCUCGCCGAAGGUUGUUCUGUCUGGUGACAGUGCCGGCGGCAAUCUGGCGACAGGGCUGAUGUGCAUGUUGCUGUCCGAGAGUCCCUAUGGCGGCUGGAACCCAGGCGACCGCGCGGAACAUGGAGCCUUACCUGUGCCGGAAGCGCUAGUACUUAUCUAUCCAGCGCUCGACAUGAACAUAUCGAACUGGAUGACAGACGAACAGACAGCGCUACUCGUGGCUCCGGAGCGAAGACGCGCGCACAAAGGUGUUAUCAGCCGCAAAAGCGAUGACUAUCGGCGCUUAACGCACGACACGCCUUACGCGUCUACCGAUGACUUCAACAGAGCGGAUGACGAAGAGCGCCCGAAAAUGAAGCAUUCGAUGAAGUCUUCGCGGAACCUAUCUACGUCGGGCAAACCGCCAACUCGACUUCAAAUGCGAAGCAUGAUCUCAUACUUCAACGACCGCAUCCUCUCACCAGAGAUGCUUCGAGCAAUGAUUAUCAUGUACAUUGGUCCGCACAACAAACCCGACUUCGCCACGGAUCACCUACUGUCACCCAUCUUAACACCUGAGAACAUUCUCGAACGCUUUCCCAAGACUUACUUCCUCACUGGCGAACGCGAUCCGCUAAGCGACGAUACAAUCAUCAUGGUUGGUCGACUACGCCAAGCGCACCUGCAACGCUUCCGCGAGCGUCAAGAACUCGGCAUUAUUCCAGCAUCCGAGCGCUUUGACGACUCCAAGCAUGUCGAGGAGAUGCUGAUCCCGGAGAUCUCACACGGCUUCCUGCAGUUCGUCGGAGUCUAUCCGGAAGGAAGAAAGUACAUCGAACUGUGCAGCAGCUGGAUGAAGCAAGCUUUCGACGAGUCCGACGCCCGCGAUCUGGAAACGCCUGUCGCAGAACGCAGGAGCAAAGACUACUUCGCCCGCAGCUUUGGGACACGACAUCACAGCCGCACCGGCACCGCCGGCUCCGAGGUCGAUGAGCGGCCGCUUGAGAUACCAGGCCUAAGCAUGACGCCUAUUGUUGCAGAUGCCGCAAAACGAAAGGCGUCGAGCGGGAAGGGCAGGAUCCACAAGCGUGCUGGCGGGGGCAGUGGUGCGCGAAGUCCGCUUACCACACGGAGGAGCUUUUUGCGGCUUACGAGCGGGCAGGACUUCAUGGCUAGGCGGAUGAACUCGGUCACGAGUGGGUUAAUUGGCGAUGCGAUUGAACCUAUGACGCCGUGA